CGAAACUCUAGUGGAGAGUGGUUUUACAACAUACCCCGGGACGAAGGAGGACAGACUCUUUCAAGCAAAUUAUAGACAUCAACAUCAAACGCCCUUGGAAUGCCCUCAAUGUGCUUCCGCCAUGUCUUCUAAUGGCCCAGUAUGCGAUACAGCCCGCACUUCAACAUGCGACGCUCUCGGCUGUGACCCAACAAGACUCGUGGUCCGUCAGCGGCAUAUUGAAAUUGUGAACGGCAUCAAGAAUUGGUUCCCUGUAAUCCACUUCGGUGCAUAUGCAUCAGGGGAUACGGUUAUGAAAUCUGGCGAGCAUCGAGAUCAGAUAGCUGAAAGAGAGCAAGUAAUUGCGUUCGAGAUGGAAGGUGCUGGAAUUUGGGAAAUAUUCCCUUGUAUUGUUAUCAAAGGUGUUUGUGAUUAUGCGGACAGCCACAAGAACAAGCAGUGGCAAAAUUAUGCCGCGGCCACGGCUGCUGCCUGUUUGAAGGCCUUUCUUGAGGUUUGGCCAGCUAGCCAACCUGAUACCAGCUCUUAGUUCAACGUUUGUGGUUGAAGCAACCAUUCCAUAUUCUGCAAAGAAUUAUACAAUUUUAAAUUCAAGGCAUUAAGCUGAAAGUAGUGACAGGCAGGUAUGCAAGCCAUUAUGGGUAUGAUAUACG